AUGCUUCCGAAUGCUAUCGUAGGUGACCUGGAUUCCAUUGAUCCUUACGUACGAGAGCAUUUUGAGCGAUUAAACGUGGAAAUUAUUAAAGAGUCUGAGCAAUACUCUACGGAUUUUACCAAGUGUCUGCGAUACCUGAAAAAUAAUUUUGAAAACAUAAUAAGCUCUUCGCCGGCAUUUUCUGCAGACCAUGAAAAUUUCCCCAGAAAACAGCAGCGCUAUCUCGACAUUGUCGUUCUGGGAGGAUUGGGUGGUCGCGUUGACCAAGCAUUCUCUCAAAUCCACAGCCUCUACACUGCCUCGCAAUCCACUGCAGACAAACCCCCUGGUGAUCUCUACUUGAUCUCAGAAGAAAGCAUCUCAUUUCUUCUAUGCGAGGGGCGGAACACCAUUCUUACACCUGGUGGAGGCGCCCUAGAAUCUCGCAAGAAGUUUGCAUCAGGACUCGAAUUUACCGAAUGUUGCUUUUCAGAAAAUGUUGGGAUUAUACCGGUCGGGGGAACUUCCGUAAUCAAUACGAAAGGGUUCGAAUGGGAUGUACGUGACUGGGAAACCAAAUUUGGAGGGCAGCUUAGCACCAGCAACCAUAUCCGUGCCGAUGCGGUUGAAGUAAACACAACAAUACCGGUACUUUUUACUAUGGAGCUAGCGGACUGGUUGAAGUGUACGGAGUGUCCUGUGUUUGCCGAGAGCCAUCAAUGA